AUGUCUAUUCUUGAUAACGUUCAGAUUGCGUGGCAAGUUAUAGGAGAUGGGCCAUCAAACAUUGGAGAUGAUUUCCCAAAUGGGAGCAAAAAUCCACACGAAAACAAGGGGAGCCCUGAACCGAUUCACUCAGUUGGUCCGCAAAGAGUCUUUGAAGCGCAAUUGUUUCUAACCCUCACUUCAGGUACCCUACUAUUUCUACUAUUUUGCAUAAUGAGAUACAGAUGGCCCCAUAUUUAUGCUGUUCGAACAUUACGACAGCAAGCAAAGGACAUGUUGAAACCGUUACCAAAUAAUCUUUUUGGCUGGAUCAAAGUGGUUUAUAAAUUGUCAGACGAUGAGGUGUUGUCUUAUUCAGGACUUGAUUGCUAUGUUUACUUGUCCUUUUUCAAAAUGGGGAUCAAGAUUUUUUUCGUGUUGGCUGUAUUUUCAGUUGCCAUAUUGAGUCCAAUACGGUACUACUUCACUGGGAACUAUGACAAAGAAAGCAUAAGCUUAUUGGCGAAACCAAAGAAUCCUGACUUUCAUGAAGAUUUCCCGAUAUUUUUGUGGGUUUAUCCGAUCUUCACAUACUUGUUUUCAGUGGUUGUGUUUUUCUACUUGUACGAGUAUACCGACAAAGUGUUGAAAACCAGACAGAGAUACCUAGCUUCUCAAAACUCCAUAACAGAUAGAACUAUUCGUUUAGAUGGAAUACCGAAAAAAUUGCUUAGUCGAGACAGAAUCAAAAGAUUUAUUGAAGACUUGGGUAUUGGAAGAGUUAUGGAUGUGAAGUUGAUUUAUGACUGGACGCCACUUGAAACUAAAUUUGAAGAAAGGAAGAAGUUGAUUAGACAGCUUGAAUACGCAUAUGCAAAUGAAUACAAGAUGGACAUCAACAUUUAUAAUCAACAACGUAUGCCUGCUGUUAACCCUGAUUGGAACGAACCUUUGGACAAUGAAAAAGCUAAAGAACAAAUUGACCAAUUGUCUAAGCAGCUUGUUGAGCUCGAUCAAACCAUACGGACAAUUCAAGGUAAAUUUGACCCAGAAUCAACAACUAUUGAUGCAAAACAGUAUCCAGAGUUUAGAGUUAUUCCGUCAGCGUUUAUCACUAUGGACUCAGUUGCAUCAGCCCAAAUGGCAGCUCAAGCAAUCUUGGAUCCUCGUGUAUACAAGUUGAUUGUGAGUUUGGCGCCAGCACCACAAGACAUCAUAUGGGGAAGUUUCAAAUUACAAUACAAUGAAAAGCUUGUCAAGUCUUAUAUGAUUACGUUUUUGAUAAUUUUGAGUUAUGCAUUCAUCAUUUUCCUAGUUGUUCCAUUGACUUCUUUGCUAGAUUUGAAAACAAUCACCAAGUUUUGGCCAGCGCUUGGCCAUUUCAUUGGGAAAUCCAAAUGGUUGACAACAUUCGUCACUGGUAUCCUUCCACCAUUGUUGUUUACCUUGUUGAACAUUCUGUUUCCAUAUUUUUACCGGUACUUGUCUCGAUUCCAAGGGUAUUCUUCCAACAGUGAACUCGAAUUAUCAACCUUGUCAAAGAAUUUCUUUUUCAUCUUUUUCAACUUGUUUUUGAUCUAUGUUGCCGCUGGUACUUUUUGGGAUUAUAUGUCGUACAUCAGUGACACAACGAAAAUUGCGACUCAACUCGCAACAUCCUUGAGGCGCAUGUCGUUGUUUUAUGUUGAUUUAAUCUUGUUGCAAGGGUUGACGAUGUUUCCAUUUAAGUUGUUGCAAGUUGGAGACCUUUUCCAGUUGAAUGUCAUUGGUAAGCUCUUUUUCUUGAAAUCGUUUAUCCUAAAGACUGCCAGAGACUAUCGGUCAUACUACUACACCCCACAGAUUCUUGAUUUUGGAAUCAAUUUGCCACAACAUCUCAUGAUUUUCAUGAUUAUUUUGAUAUACUCGGUAGUUUCCACCAAAAUUGUCACUUGCGGGUUGGUUUAUUUCAUCAUUGGCUUGUUUGUUUACAAGUACCAAUUGGUUUACAAUUUUGUUCACCCCUCUCACUCCACUGGUAAGAUAUGGCCAAUUGUCUUUCGUCGUGUGAUUUUGGGAUUGAUAAUUUUCCAAUUGUUCAUGUGUGGGACAUUGGCCUUGGAUAGUGCAAUUUUGUUGUCGUUGUUGUGCACGCCAUUGAUAUUCAUUACCCUUGGUGUGUUGUACAAUUUCGAAAAGAAUUAUGUGCCAUUGUGUGAUUUCAUUGCGUUGAGAGCUAUUUUGAACCCAUAUGAUUUCAACAAGUUGUUUGAAAACGAUGAUCAACUGUUUAACUCAGGUGACAGUCAAGGUGAACAGGGAUCAACCUCGGCUAUAUUGGAAGAUGAAGAAGGACAAGUAGGAGAAAGUGUUCCCCUUUUGGUGAACGACGGAGAUGGACCAUUGGACGAAUCGUCACUAUUGAAUGCUGACGAUGGUGAACACAGCUCCACACAUGAAGGUGUGGAUGAAGACACAGUUGGGUCAAAGAAGAAGCUCUCGCGACGGAAAUCGACAAUUGAUGAGGAAAGAGAGCAAUUUACCGACUACACGUACCCGCCAUUGAUUGAUCCUUUGAAUGGGCCAUGGGUCGGGUUCACCGGUAACGUGGUUUCAAUCGUUGAGUAUCGAGGCGACGUUCAAAACAUUUUGGAAAAUGGCCGUUUUAACAAUGAUGCGACAAUCAUUUCCUCGACUGAGUCUGAGACUGAGGUUGUCGUCAAUAAAGUUCUUUCAGUAAGCGAGUGGGAGUAA